AUGACUCACAAUCAGAAUGAUGACCUCAUUGAAAAUCUCAGCGAGGCCCAGAGUGGUAUACAGGAGUCCCAGGUGCUCUUAAAAGACGAAGGAGAACUCCCUUCAUCUUCUGUUCCUUUGGGGAAUACUUCCCAGUGUACACAGAGCCCACCUGCUGCUGGGCCUGAUUGCACCAGCAAGGAUCCCAUCACCACUUUAGACAUAGUGUGCGUAAGACCUGAUGAAAGUACCAACAACCAAACUGUGGAGGAGUCAACCAUCUCCAAGCCAUCAACCUCCAAGAAGAGAUUACGCGCACAUUCGCUAGCUAAGAAAGCAGGUUUAUUAGAACAAUUCCUCCUGCACAAAUAUAAGAUGCAAAACCCCAUCACCUUGGAAGCCAUGCUAAAGGUUGUCAAUGAGAAAUACAAAGACCAAUUCCCCGAAAUCCUCAGGAGGGCAUCUGAGCACAUUGAGAUUGUAUUUGCAGUUGAUGUAAAGGAAAUAGAUCCCAUCACACACUCUUAUGCCCUUGUUAGUAAAAUGGACCUUCCACACAAUGGAAAGGUCUAUAGGGGUAAGGGUUUCCCCAAGACCGGUCUGCUGAUGGGUAUUCUGGGUGUCAUCUUAUUGAAGGGCAAUCGGGCAACUGAAAAAGAUAUCUGGGCAUUCUUGAAUACAAUGCGUAUCUUUGAUGGGAAGAAGCACUUCAUCUAUAAGGAUCCCAGAAAGCUCAUUACAAAAGAAUUUGUGACGCUGAAGUACCUGGAGUACCAGCAGGUGCCAAAUAGCAAGCCUAGUUCCUGGGAAUUCCUUUGGGGGGCUAGAGCUUUUGCAGAGACGACAAAACUGAAAAUUCUUGAAUUUUUAGCCAAGGUCAAUAGCACUGAGCCCAGUGCCUUCGGGUCCGUAUAUGAAGAAGCUCUGAGAGAAGAAGAGGAAAGAGCUCGAGCAGUCUAUGAGCCUGUGGCUGGCUGUAGUAAUGAGGCCAGUUCACAGGCUAUGGCCUCAUGCAGCGACAUUAAUGUCCCACUGUAA